GAGACGGGACUUGCUUGAUGUCGACUCCAGGAUGGGGCGUUGGUCCACUGAUGGCCCAGACAGCCCAUGCUACGGCUGCCGUGUUACACGAGACGCGCGAUCUCCCUGAGACCAGAGCAUACCUUGACGAUCUGAAGAACAUGCGAAAGGUAAGCGAGCCAUUCAUCGAGCCAGUGGAUCGAGGCAGCCCCGUGCCGUCGUCUCCGUGCAUACUGAAGUCACGCCGACUUAUCAUCUGCAUCAUCUUACAGGCUGUCCUUCAGGUAGCGGACCGCAAAGGCAUCGAGAAGCUCGCCACUCUGCUUUCCUCGGCGGACCCCCCUAUUCCACAUCACUUAUGGAUCGAGCAGCCUGAGAACGAACCAUCGUGCCUUGCAUUGGCCCCAAAUCGGCGCGAGAGCAGGGUCAAGAAGGCGUUGGACAAGAGCGGAUGUAGGUUGUGGAAAGGGUAGGGUCCAAAGAAUGCACGGAUGGGGAUGGCGAAGAUUGUACAACAGAAUGACGACGCGAUCUUUCUUGCCAUUAAUACGGAGCGAGCUCACCAGA